AGUCAACAGAGCAGGCCCCACCCUUUGUGUUACCUUCUGCCCGUCAAUCAAAAUAAAAAAUCUGACACUUAGCUACUACUGUUGUACAAUCAAUAUAGUCUGAUCAUGCACGGCGACGUGUGACUAUUAGGACUGUUUGUUUUACGACAGGUCACGCAAUGACUGCUCCAGAGCAGCCUUUAAAACCCGCGGAUAUGGACGUGGAGAGCAGUCAAAGCGACUUUUUACAACAGGAGGAUAGCAGGAACUCUCAGACAACAGAUGCGACUUCUUCACAACUGACUGGGACUGACGAAUCUACAAUGAUGCAGAUCCAAAAUCAAGGGAUAUUAACAUCAAAUGGACAGUUUGUUCUUCCUCUGCAAAACCUUCAGACACAGCCAAUCUUUGUGACGUCGGGAACUGACACCUCUUCUGCCAACUCAGUGCCUAACAUUCAGUACCAAGUAAUUCCUCAGAUACAGACUGCAGAUGGACAGUUGAGCUUCUCCACCUCUAGUGUAGAGGGGGCAGCUUCCGGUCAGAUCCAGAUCUUACCUGAUGGUAGUGUUACAUCAGCAAACAUCCUCAACAAUCAGACUCUCAUAUCACAGAGUGGAAAUGUGCAGCAGAUCCAGGGGGUUUCACUUGGCAGCUCCACGUUCAACAGCCAUGGUCAGGUUGUUACUAAUGUGCCUAUGGGACUGCCCGGGAACAUUACUUUUGUUCCUAUUAACAGUGUGGACUUGGACUCUCUUGGUUUGUCUGGUGCACAGACUAUUGCUACAGGGGUCACAGCUGAUGGCCAGUUAAUAAUGGCCAGUCAGCCAAUGGAGACUUCAGAGGAUCAGUCAAAGUCCGGAGACCAGCUGACACAGACACUACCAGGGCAUGAAACCACAACAAAUGCAGAGAUUUUUGUGCCAACGUCUUCCGCAACGCUACCUAAUCAAUCCAGUCAGUCAGAUCUGCUGUCCGACGUGGCCUUGUCAUCUGCAGUUUCAGACACAAACAGCACUCUGCAGGGAGGCUUCAUCCAACCAAAUUCUGAGCAGAGCGCCCAGGUGUCAUCUGCUCAGCCCAUCCUCCAGCUGCAGCAGCUGCCUGUGCAAAGCACUAACGGGCAAGCAGUGCAGUCUGUGGGCGGAGCCCAGGGCCUUCAGAAUGUGCAGCUACUCAAUCCGGGCACCUUCAUCAUCCAAGCCCAAACGGUCACACCAUCAGGUCAGAUCCAGUGGCAGACCUUUCAGGUGCAGGGAGUGCAGAACUUGCAAAACCUCCAGCUGCCUACAACACCACCCCAGCAGAUAACACUGGCCCCAGUCCAGACGCUCUCACUGGGUUCCAAUCAAGUGACUAUCCCCAAUCUGCAGACAGUCACUGUUAACUCAGUGACACAGGAGGCACAGACAGACAUUCCUGGAGGCAUCAGGAUAAAAGAAGAGCCAGACACAGGAGACUGGCAGUUGAGCACUGACUCCACCCUGAACACAAGCGACCUGUCACAUUUACACGUCAGGAUGGCUGAGGAGGACGAUCAGCUCGGACAGGAGGGCAAAAGGUUACGCAGAGUGGCAUGCACCUGCCCCAACUGUAAAGACUCUGUGGGAAGGGGAUCCGGCAUGGGCAAAAAGAAGACACACAUCUGCCACAUUGCAGGCUGUGGUAAAGUGUAUGGGAAGACGUCCCACCUGCGCGCGCACCUGCGUUGGCAUUCAGGAGAGCGACCUUUUGUGUGCAGCUGGAUGUUUUGUGGGAAGAGGUUCACACGCAGCGACGAGCUCCAGAGACACAGAAGGACACACACAGGAGAGAAGAAGUUUGUCUGUCCUGAAUGUUCCAAGCGCUUCAUGCGGAGCGACCACCUGGCGAAGCACAUUAAAACUCACUCAAACAAAAAAGGUAUGAACUCUGGCAGCGCGGUAGUGGCCUCGAUGGAGUCUGCCGGCUCUUCAGACAGUAUCAUCACCACAGCAGGCGGCACCACCCUCAUCCUCACCAACAUCCAGCAGGGCUCCAGUGCCGCCCAGGACAUCCUGGCCAACGCAGAGAUCCCUCUCCAGCUUGUCACCACGGUGCCAGCCGCGGAGGUCAUGGAGUGAUUUACACUCCACCCACGGACUUACUCCAUACAUUUUUAUUCAUGUUUUGAAGAAAAACUCAAAUUCUACAUAUAUAAAUAUAUAUUUUAACACAAAGUAGUGGGUCAGUGUCUAUCCUCAGUGCUCACUGAGAGGAAACAUGCAGUGGAGACUUGAGGGGGAAAUACAUUGCAGUAAACACAAGGAAAUGCCUUAUUUUGUAUAAUAUUGUGUAGUUUGAAAUGUAGGAAGCCAUUUUGUUUUGUAUCUAUCUGAUGAGUGUUUUCACAAAUUAUUUGUAAGUUGAGCAACUUUCUUUUGACUUUUGUUUAUGAUAUAUUCUCAUAACGGCCUUAGUUGCCAAGCUUGUUCCAUGUUCCUCCUGAGGAGUCACUUAUUUUAUCAUGUUAAUAAUGUAUUUGUUUUACGUCCACACAAUUCUUCUUUUAUUUUAUGCAUUUUUUGCAUCCACUGCACUCCCUGUGCUUUCAAUUUUGUAUGUCCUUUUAAAAUUUAUAUUUUGCAGAUACAAAUCAAACAAUCAACAUUUUGUAAGCUGUCUAUGGGAUACUGUUAUAAUUUACAUUCUUAGCUUAUAAACUUUUGUCCUUAUCUCUAUUUAUACAAGGCUUUUCAUAAUUGAUUUGUAAUACAAAAAGCCUUACUUGCUCAUUGUAUGUUACCAGAUGUUUUUUGUAAGAACCUUUUUGGGGUAUUUCAAAUUAAACCAUGCAUUUUAAUAUAAAAGCCAUGUAAUGAAGGUUAUUGCCAAAUUGGAUUUAACACUCAGGUUUACUUGUGAUCAUAGACAAACCUGUCUGAGAGCCGGGUGGAUGACAGGAAAAAGAGUUGAUGGACCAAAAGCUCAGGCGUAUUAAGUUGUCACCACGUUACCUGUGCUACUCCAGUCUCAUCCUUUGUUCUUUAUUUGGUUCUCUUUCAUAGACAGGCCAUGGUACUCUGCAGUAUACUCUUUAUAUAUAAUUCAUCUUUGUGUUUUUUCUUUAU